UUUUCAUAGAAUUUUCACUAAAAAACCUUCUUAAGUUACGGCAAUUGAAAUUUCACAUGACAUCAACUCAAUUUCGUGCUUUGCCGGUAGAAAGUGCUAAGUCGAUUUAACUUGUUUUAUCAAAAAACCAAGCAUAUACUCGUAUAUACUUAUGUUCGCAUAAUAUAUAGCUAUGUAUCUGCAAAAGUCAAACUGGUGCGUCAACAGCCAACAGGCAGCAAUCAACAGUCUGUUGUCUACCAACCACCACCAACUCACCAACCAACAAUUUUCGAGUAUCCGCUUUCGACUCUUCAUGUUCGCUCUUGCAUGCUCAACAUAAACGUUCGCUUGCCGAUCUCUACUCAUGACGAUCGAAUGUUGAAUGUUGUUGCGCAGCAGUGUUAAAUAUAAAGCACAAAUUGUUAUUAACCAAAUAGUCGUAAUUUCACAGUCGCGAGUGUAAGACCGUUGUAACGUCGUUGUACAGCAAAAAAAAAGAACAAAAAUAAAUCCAACAAAAAGAGAAACCCAACGCAAACAGUCGAGACCACGGCUAACAGAUCUCGACCUAGAGGGCUGAUCGAAGUAGUGCGAAACAAAAAAAUGUUUUCGUUUGUUUUUCUAGUUAAAACCCGUGCCGUAAUCCGCGCAAACAAACACGAACUCAGACAUUGUGCAAAUACAACACAAGUAUAAGUGAAUUGCAGUUGCCACGCAGCAACUCUCCGCGUGGUAACAUUUUACCAUUUUCGUCGCUUGCAAAAAUAGAUCUAGAAGAUCUAAGUUUAAACAUCAGAUAUCAUUUCCAACAACAACAACGGCCUCAAAGAUGACUUCUUCAUAUUGCCACUACAUAUGGCGGCUCAGUGUGGUAGCGCUGGGCGCACUCUUCUUUGCCGGUGGCGUUUACAUGUUCGCACAUUGGAUUGAUAUAUUCACGCGCAUGCGUGCGGAGAAAAUGUCACUCAGCCCCGAAUCACCGUCGUAUGCGGGUUGGAAGAUUAGUCCGCUGCCACUUAACUUUGAUGUUUACCUCUUCAAUUGGACUAAUCCGGAGGAUUUUUACGUUGGUUCUGGCAAGAAGCCACGUUUCGAGGAAUUAGGACCUUAUCGUUUUCGUGAAAGUCCUGACAAAGUAGAUAUCGAAUGGCAUAAGAGUAAUAACUCGGUUUCAUAUCGCAAAUAUGCUGCAUUCCACUUCGAUGAAGCGAACAGUAAAGGCAAACUAACUGAUCGGAUAACUUCAGUUAAUACAGUAGCGCAUGGCGCCGCCUUACAAAACAUAAAUGGCUCAUAUUUUCAGAAGGGAAUAUUGAAAAAUGUUUUAAAAAUGUACAAAGAAUAUGUAUCAGUUACCAAAACAGCUGAAGAAUGGAUGUUUGUGGGUUAUCGUGAUCCUCUAGUGACAAUGGGCAGUUUCGUAUCGAAAUUUGCCAAGGAGAUUGUGGUGCCUUUCGAUCGCAUUGGUUGGCUGUAUACGCGCAACGACAGCUCUGUAUACGAUGGUCACUUUAAUAUCCAUACCGGCGCUGAUGAUCUGCGAAAAAUGGGUCAGAUUAACGAAUGGAAUUAUAAAACACACACUGGCGUCUAUGAGGGUGAAUGUGGUCGCGUUAGAGGCUCAAUGGGUGAAUUUUUCCCACCAAAUCUUACGCCUAAAGACACGAUAGAAAUAUUUUUACAAAAUUUGUGUCGCGCAAUGCCAUUGGAUUACAUUGAGACAGUAAAAAUACAUGGAAUCACAGCUUAUAAAUAUGCCGCCACCGAACGGGCGCUUGACAAUGGCACUCGCUAUCCGGAAAUGAAAUGUUUUUGCGUGAAUGGUGCGUGUGCGAAACCGGGCGCUAUAAACUUAGCACCAUGUCAAUAUAAUUCGCCAACAUACACAUCAUAUCCACACUUUUACAAGGCGGAUCCCAGCUACUUGGAAGCGGUCGAGGGACUCUCGCCCGAUCCAGCGAAGCAUGAGUUCUUCAUGACACUGGAGCCAAACAGUGGCCUACCCCUGGAUGUUGGCGGUGGCUUCCAAGCCAACUAUCUUAUGACACCUGUACCUGGAAUAGCGCCUUUCGACAACAUUCCACGCACGUUUAUACCGCUCAUGUGGGCCGAGGAACGCGUGCGCGUCACAACAGAAAUCGCCAGUGAUGUCGCCUUGGUGCCGCUAAUCGUAACACUGGGACAAGUUGCCACCGGUAUUAUGUUCGCAAUUGGCGUUCUGCUAAUCUGUUGGUAUCCAACAAAGUAUAUAUCAAAUGCUUGUCGCGAUCCGAAAAGUAAAAAUGCGCUACUCAAUCCCAUUGUCAACACCCGUUCGAUAAUGUUGACGCCAUUGCGAAGUCCACCCAAACAGGGUAUAUCGUUGCUGGGCAACAGUCAACGGUGCGAAGUAGUAGAAGUCGAUGGUGCGGCUAGCGAAAGUUUGCUAAGUCCCCCACCCACUGAUGUGACAACUAGUUCGUAUGUUCAUACUCGUGGUUGAAUGUUGAAUGAUAUGCUCUUCAUGAGAGCGCCUCUGCCAUUGUUUAGUGUAAACGAGAAAACCAAACAAACAGACAUAAACAAAAAUUUAAGGAAAACUGAAA